AUGGCUAACACUGGAAUUUCCCCCGGCAGUUACAACCGCUACUCGAUGCCGGUCACGCGCUCUCGCACUGGUCUCUACGGCGCCGACCUCGACCAGACCGGCACUGCUCGCUUCCUCUUUGGCGAGGAGGACGCUUCUGGCGACAAUAAGUACGGCCAGGGCAAUGGCGACGACAACUUCCCGACUCUGGUUCGCCAAAACGAUCAAAUGCUCUCUGCAUCUUCCGCUGCCCUUGACCUUGCCCUCUCCCCCUCGCCCGCCCCUGACGCGCCGUCCUCGAAUGGUUGGGGCAAUAUUAACCGUCAUCGAACCCAACAGAGCUUGUCUGCUAUCAACACGUCUUCGCUCAACGGAGCUUCGUCUUCUGGAGAAAUCGGCAAGCGCUCUUCAGUCCGCCACUCGCUCGACUUGAAGUUCUUCCCGGACGCUCCCUCCGACAACCAGGCAUCUAUUGUCUCGCCUCCCGGCAACCACCCCGGUAACCACAUCAUGGCUACUCCUCCCAAGUUGCAGAGCUCCUUCUCUGCCAACGACGUGCCUACCGUCAAGAGCACCACUAACGGCGGCCCUGUCACGAACAACCACGCCCAGCAACAUUUCCACAACCACAACGCCAGCAUCGGUCGCAUUCCUGCUGGCGCUGUUCCCGGUCGCCACAGCCGUGAGCUGUCCAAUGACAACAACAUGGGCGGUCCUCGGGAGCAGGCUGGUCCCUAUCACUCCAUCCAGUCCGCCCUUCAGGCCAGCGCGGCUCCUUUCGGUCCUGGAGCCCAGGGUCAGGGCUUCCCACACACCUCCCAAGGUACCCAGAAUCCCAACGGUACCGCCACUGCCGGUCCGAACAGUGGCUACGGCGGGUUCUACCCGAGCGGCUACGUCUCGCCCACCAACAAUGGCCCUCCUCCCGCCUCUGGUCCCUAUGGCGUCCCCCUCUUGGCUAUGAGCAUGCAGAACAUGAACCUCAAUGGCACCAACAUGUACCCUGCUCAGAACUACGCCGGUUAUGGUGCUCUGUACAACCCUCAGCCUCAACCCCGUGACAGCCAGGCUCGUGUCAUUCAACAUCGCCGCCAGAUGGACAAUGAAGCCAUGUCGCGCUACAACGGCCUCGCCCUCGAGAACGUUGGUGGCCAGAUCUAUGACCUCUGCAAGGACCAGCACGGCUGCCGCUAUCUGCAAAAGAAGCUCGAGGAGCGCAACCCGGAGCAGGUCCACAUGAUCUGGCUUGAAACUAACCAGCACGUCAUCGAGCUCAUGACUGAUCCUUUUGGCAACUACCUAUGCCAGAAGCUGCUGGAGUACUGCAACGAUGAUGAGCGUACUGUGCUCAUUCAGAAUGCCGCCGUUGACAUGGUCCGCAUUGCGCUCAACCAGCAUGGCACCCGCGCUCUUCAGAAGAUGAUUGAAUUCGUUACGACUCCGACUCAGAUUGAGAUGAUCAUCAAUGCUCUUCGCUACCAGGUUGUUGAGCUCAUCCAGGACCUCAACGGCAACCACGUCAUCCAGAAGUGUCUCAACAAGCUCAGCGCUCAGGAUGCGCAGUUCAUCUUCGACGCCGUUGGCACCAACUGCGUUGACGUUGGCACUCACCGCCAUGGUUGCUGCGUUCUCCAGCGCUGCAUUGACCACGCUUCUGGAGAGCAAAAGGUUUGGUUGAUUGCGAAGAUCACCGAGCAUGCCCCAAUCCUUGUGCAGGACCCCUUCGGCAACUACGUCGUACAGUACAUCAUCGACCUGAACGAACCUUCCUUCACCGAGCCUAUUGUACGCAUGUUCCAAAACCGCAUCGGCCAGCUGUCCCGCCACAAGUUCAGCUCCAACGUCAUCGAGAAGUGCCUGCGCUGCUCCCAGGAGCCUUCUCGCGAAAUGAUUGUCGAUGAGCUUUUGAACCCCGGCGAGAUCGAGAGACUCCUCCGCGACUCGUAUGCCAACUACGUCAUUCAGACCGCCCUCGAGUACGCGCCUCCUGCAAGCAAGUACCGCCUGGUGGACGCCAUCCGCCCCAUCUUGCCUUCCAUUCGGUCCACCCCAUAUGGUCGCCGCAUUCAGGCCAAGAUCCAGGCCUUUGAGGGUCGUGGCAGUGCCACCUCGAGCGGUCAGGUCACUCCUGCGGACCCCAGCCAGGGCCAGAUUCCCCUGCGCCCAGGCCACAACCGCGCCAUGUCUAACAAUACCUCCAUCAUUGCCCCUGGCGGUGCCUUUGGCAACGGUCUGAAUGGCGGUCUCAACGGCGGUGGCAUGGCUCCACGCGGCAACCAGGCCAACUAUCCCACGGCCAACAGCGUCACUGUUCCACCCCCCGCUCCCCAGAACCAGCGCGUCCAGCAGUUCGGCUUCAAUGGCCAGCAGCGCACCAACGGUGGCGCCCCUGCUGACGCUGUUACCGGCGAGUCCCAGUGGCUGUAA